AUGUGCAAGGCCUUACACGCGCAGCUUGAGAAGUUCAAACGUGCAGAUUUUGGACGCUGCCCUCGUGUCCUAUGCUACCAGCAGCCGCUACUUCCUUUGGGUCCAUCGGACUUUCCGUUCCAAAGCCCCGUGCGCCUGUACUGUCCACGAUGCGAAGACUUGUAUCGUCCGAAGAGUUCGCGGCAUGGCGCAAUUGAUGGUGCCUUUUUCGGCUCGUCUUUCCCACAUAUGUUGCUCAUGGUAUACCCCCACAUGAUUCCGACCAAAGUCACUGUCGUGCCGCCACCCAUACCAUUCGCGCAGAAACAGUAUGGAGGAGUGUCGGCAGAUGUACUGCACCAACGAGCAGUGGCACUGGAGCGAAGAACGGGUAAUGCAACGUCUGCCGGCGAAGAAACAGAUACAAGUGUCAUGGCCAAUGAUGCGUCCUCAGAGAUGCGCGCUCCAACCGAUGUGGUGUUUGAGCGUGUCGUACCGCGUAUUUUCGGGUAUCCAGUGCAUGAAACAAGCCAGCUCAUGGCAUGGCAAGACCGACAGCAGAAAAAGCAAGCUGCUCUCAUUGCCGAUUUUCGUCAGCAAAAGUCUGCAUCGGCUCCGCCAAGCUGCAAGGACCAGCAGGCUUGA